AUGCUGAAGUAUAUUUUUUUGUUCUUUUAUGCAAUUUUUGCAUACGCCCCCUUGGAGGUAGAAAGUAAAUUUUUCGAGAAUCUUACCAGGCCAAAAUUGAAAAUUGGGAAACAUCCGAUAAAAAAUAAUUUAAAAAAUGGAAAGAGCAACAUAAGCCUUGACAACAUAGAGAAAAACAUAAUGAAAAAUGUGGAUUCAAUCAAUGUCAUGUUCGACCCCAAGUAUAAGAAAUUCGUCCCAUCCAAAUCCACGAAGGCACAUAUAGUUGGAGGUUUCAGUCAAAAUACGUCUGACCCGUCAGAUGUUGAGAGAAGCAAAUACGAAAAAGCACUUCGAUUUCUGGAAAAAUUAAACAGUGAAAUGAAAGUGUAUUCAACAAAAAUUAUAAGAGAAUUAGGAAUGCAAGAGCACAGCACUUUAAGAAAUUUUCGAAGAGCCUCAGAUUUACUGAAGGAAAGUUUAGUUACUAUGCACGCACUUGAUGUUAUAAAGAAUGACAAAACUGUGGAUUUUUCUAAGUACAACCUCGAAUGGUAUGCCAAGGCAUCCCUGCAGGAGAAGUACAAGACAGAAAAAUACAUCCAGAGAAUUAUGAAUAAGAUCUUUAAGACCACCUCGAAGAAGAAAAAAAAUAUAGAAAAGAAGAAAAUAGAUGAAAAUAUAGAACAACUGGAAAAUGAUCUAUUAAUGCAAAGAUUCGUGAGCGAAAGCAUGAACGUGAGCAAAUUACUAAAGGAACAUGAAGGAACAUCACCCAAUUAUAUGUCUCCCUUACACUCGGAUGUCUGUGGUCAAUUAGGAAGCAUAUUCCUAAGUUUCAUGUUUGAAAAGUCGUUCAAGAGCUCCAUAAACAAAGAAAUACCCUACUUCAAGAAGUAUCUACCACGCCUCAAAUACAGAAUUCAAAAUAUGGUUCACAAUGGAACGCUCAUUCUGGUCGAGAAAGGUCUUGAUGAUGCACUAUAUACCUUCAAGCUCAAAGUUGCAGAGAUUAUGGAAAAAAAAUUCGGGUUCGUGGACAUGUGUUCGGGAAAAUGCAUAGCUGAAACCAUUAACGCUAAUUAUGAUUUAGAAGAUUACAAGAACGAGUUUAAGCCUACCAACACAGCUCAAAGGAGAGCGGACAUGCUUAAGAUGCUGAUGUACUACUAUAGACACAAUCUGAACAACAUUGAAACGACAGCAGAUUUCAUCCUUAUUAUGUUACUUUAUUUGAAUUCGGCUACUGAACACACUGAAAAGGGGUUCAUAGAUGUGAGUUCAAUCGGGACCAACGAUAAGUUCAACUUACUUAACACGACCAUUGAUAAGAGGAAGAAGGUAAAGAAGAAUAAAAAAAAAAGCUUUUUGAAGAUAGCCCCAUUCAAUUUUUUCCGUGAAGAAGCAGAUGAAAAAUAUGGAAACGAAUCCAUAUUUGCAAUUGAUGAUAUUAUCAAAACAUGCUUACUGACAAAAAAAUCUGAACAUUUUAAUUCUCUAUAUGAAACGACAAAAGAUUUAUGGAAUAAUAUUCAGAGUAUUUAUUCAGCAUCAUACGGAUUUGUUGUGUCUAAGAAACUGAAAACGAAAAGUUUUGUAACAUCUAGGAUUAGGAAUGUUGGUUUCAUUUUCAACUGGUUCAAUUAUAACAAGAAUAUCACUCCUCAUGUGAAUUUCCUGGUGCACAAUUUCUCUCCCUUAAUUUCCGUUAGUCUUCAACUUACCUUUUUCAUAAGCACCAUGAUCGAACAGUAUGAGUCGACUUUUCUGAGCAACUUCUCUGCAGCCUUGAAAAAAAUAUUCACUCUCGGUGCAAGUUCAGCGCACCCAAAGAAUUAUGCAGAUUUAGUGAAUUUUUCAGAAAUGGAUUAUUUAUUGCGAUAUUCUAAAGCAGAUAAGACACAAAGGAUAAUAACCCAAACUGUGAAAAUGUUGAAAAAGAAAUUUCUGUCUUUGCCAUAUACACCUACUCUUCUAGCACAGUAUAUUUCUCUUUUCCUUUCCUUAUGGGUAUUCGAAAAUGAAAAAAACAUUACUCUAGACAAUCCAAAUGUCAGUAGAUUUAAGAAGUUGUUUUUCCUUUCUUAUUUUGUUCACAACUCUGGACCAGUGGAAAAAGCAGUUGAAAUUAUCUAUGACAGAUGUAGAGGCAAAACGGACAAAAUUGUUUUAGGUUGUAUAUAUGACUAUGGAGGUGCAAAAGAAAAGAAAAUAUUAGGGUUUAUAAGUAAGAAAUGUAAACCUACAAGAAUACCUAUAAGAAAAAGAAAUAUUAGAAAAAUUCUAAAAACAGUUAUGUCCUCUUUGGCUGAUCCUCUGGAUAUUUUAAAAAUCGCUGUCGACACGGCCACCAGAUGUGAUCAUUUCGGACGUAGUUCUUCUAUGGAUAAGAAUAAAAAGAGCAAAAACAAAAUAAAUUAUGACCUUUUUGUGAAGUCAGAGUUGUCUCUCCGUUACAUUUGUGCCGAUGUCACAAGAAAACUUGUAAAAAAUACUAUAAGAGACGUUUCAAGACUUAAAAAUAUCAGUGAGGCCCAAAGUAUAAUAGAUCGCUCAUUCAACAGUGUGCAAUAUCUGAAAAUAAGAAAUUAUAGAGACAAGGAAAGUAGCAUCAGUAUUUUCUGUCCUUUUAUGGAAGAAAAUGAUAAGCAUAUAAAGGAUUUGGAAAGGAGUCAAAUUUCGACCUUCGUCCACAAAAAUGUGGGAUUGUUGAAAAUUCUCAAAGGAAAAAUUAUCAAUUUGUUCAAGAAAUCAAUUAACAUUCGUGAAGGAAUUAAAACAGAUAGUCCCAUUUCCAUAAAAGUUGGAACUCGAAAAUUCAAUGGAUUUCUAUUCACAGGAGGAUACCAUCUAAAUAUGGAUAAUUUUGAACAAAAUACACUUCAUAUUGGAUUAUCAAAAUCAAGGAAAGUAUAUGAUGGAGAACGAUUUGUAGACGAGUUAGAGAUACUGAAAAUAGAUGGCGUGAAGAAGAUCGAAAUGAAGGGAGUUGAUGAAGACAAUGAAAGAUUUUACGUGCUCGAGAAUAACUCUAAAGUUUCCGAAUUUGAAUAUGCCAUCUUAUAUCCAAGCGCUAACAUAAUAAUUUUCGAUGGAAAUAAUUAUAUCUCUUCUUCCGCCCUUCGAAGCAUGGGCCUGGAAUAUGAAAGAAUUGUAUGGGCAGGACAUGCAGUGGGAUGGACUGCAGAAUUUGCCUUGGCCACCGUUUCAGAAAAUCCACUCCCCAUUUUUGAUGGGCAUGCAUGGGUACUUCUUGACAAAUUAAGCGUCAAAAGUAUUUUAGGCGAGUUCUUACCGAGGGAUGUGCGUGGAAGUCUACUAGCCAGUACCGUCAAUUUUGUUAUUUUAAACAAGGAUGGAAAACAGAUACUGAAAAAUACAACACCGGUUGUGAGUCUAAAGCACGCCACAUUCACACUGAGUGGUAUAUUAAAUUUCGUCAUAAAGGCUGAAAAGGGAAAAGGAAAUGAAAUAAUUGUUCACACGAGAAUACCUUAA